CUUAUUUUCAGUUUUAAAGAUGACAAUAUCUUUUGGGGAAUGGAUUCCGACCAACAAACACAAAGUAAAACUGUAAUUAAAGCGAAGAAGCACACAAGCAAUGACGGUCAAAUCCGCACUGAAUCACCGUGCAGCACUUGUACUGAAGAUUUUUUAUUAUGUUUUGACAAACUAUUCGAGGACAGCCAUCAAAGUGUCUGUAAAAAGAAAUUCAUGGAGAUAACAAGAGUUGUAUCGGAUGGUAUACGUUCUAGAUAUGAAAGCUCAGUAACGUUCAUCAGAAGCUUUUGUUCCAAUAAAAAAGAUAUAGAUAAAAGGGAUGCGAUCACACAAAGUUUUAGAAAACAAGAGGACAAAAAUAUCAACACUGCAGACCCUAAAAAGGCCGGAUUGGAUGAUUCUGACUCCUGUGAUUGCUUAGCACCAAAAGUCAUGUCCCACGGAGGUCCAACGGUGGUCUUAGUGGCCUCUAAGACUUUUGAGAAGGAUAAGGACUCAGCAGCCAAAAAGAAAGUUUCUAUAGAGAACGCCAAAACAAAUACUGAUAAAGGUUCUAUGGCAACUGAAAAAUACCCGAAACCUGAAACGAAAACUGGAUCAUACGAAAGACGCAAAAAUCACGAGUUAAAGGACAAAGAUUCCUGUCCUUGCAUAGAGCUGAAAAAAGUGGCUCCACCUGUAGCAAUUCAACAAACCAAUCCAAUAAACGAAACUGCUCAAAGGGAAACUCAAAGGGAAAAAUCCUCUGUGAAAAAGUCUACUACUGUCAUUAUGAGAGAUAGAAAAACAGGAUCUAACACAAGUGUGGUAAAGAAAUCCGCUCAUGCAGAAGUACAAACUGAGAGAAAAGCAGUCAAAGAAAAUUUCGCAGAUGACCAGGAAGGAAGCAUACUGAAGUUAAAGGAAGACAACCAUUAUGUUAUUGCCGAUAAAGUUAACAAGAAAACCUCCGCUUCAGAUGAGAUAAAAGCCAUUGUUAAAAAAAGCAUCGAAAAGCUAAGAUCAGCAAAUAAGGAUAUAAAAAAUGUACUGAGCAAAAGUUUAACGAAAUUAACAGCCACUGAAGGUCUAAAGUCUAAAAGUGCAAAGAAAGUGAAUCAAGAAACUAAUACGGAAUCAAGUAAAAGAACUUUGAAGAAAUCUGUCAAUGAAGAAGUGAUGACCAGCCAAAGAAAAUCUAAGACAAAAGUAACAGAUAAAAUAUUGGAAAAAGAUCCAAUGGUCGCCGAAGGAACCCAAUACAUUUGUGGUUGCAAAUCUGCUUUGGAAUUCCUGAAGCGUAUGCAAAACCAAGGCAUGCAGACGCAACCUUCUAAAAAAGACAUCAAAUCAAAUGCGUCAAAAUUCAAAGAAAUUCAACGAACACCAACCAAAAUUAUCAAAUCAAAUGAACCAGAUUCAUCAGACACCACUGAUUCGAAUGAAAAAUUUGUUCCCAAGAUAAUAACACCGACGAAACGAUCUAAAACUUCAGCGACGAGUGUUAAGUCUAAUAAAGCAAUGAUGGCGAAACCAGAUGUAGUACGAACUACUUCAGCUAAAUCUGUUCAAUCUAGAGUAAUAUCACCUAGUAAAAAGCCAAGUGGUAUCAAACGGUCAGUCAACAAUAUUGAGUCAGAAGACUGUCCAUGCAGAUGUGUUUGCAGUGAAGCCCGAGAAAUAUCUGCAGCGAAAGAAACCUGCACAUGCGCUACACAAUACGUGUACUACACAGACGACAAGAAUCUCCAAAGAGAAAUCUUCGAGUACACAUCAAGCAGUUGUUCUGGCAGCGACACAAUCCUCAGUUCGUCCAUCAGAAGCGACCCCACCGUCACUGACUGCACUAUAUGCAGCCUGGCCUACAUCGAUGGAAAGCCUAAAAAGAGGAAGAAAAGGACCAAAGUCAGCGUGGUCACCAAAGCUAACCAGUGUACUGGAACUGAUAGGCCUAGACUCUGUGACGUCAGUACAACCACAAAGGACUGGUGGAGUCCAAUUGUAGAGAAGAAGACGACAACAAAAGAAAUCACCUUUGACAAAAACUUGAAAGACCCGAGCGUAGAGAGAAAAGAAAGGAAAUUCUCGAUCGGAGAUCAAGCGAUGGAGAUGAAGAAGAGCAAAGCUGUCAAGACUGAAGGCAGGAUUGUGACUUUUAGGAGUCACGCGCAGAUUAUUCCCACGGGCGCUGAAGACAUUAUGUCUCCAUCGAGAUAUCUUUUGGAGUCCCAGUGGUAUUACAAUGAACUGUUCUCUUCGAAAUUCUAUGCUCCACAUUUAUUCCCUGUCAGUCUCGUUCAGAAGCCAGCAAAUGGAUCUAAGACGCGUUCUCCGACCAGGAUCCACCAUCAGAGUCGAAGAAAUCGCAAGGCUAAGAGACUAGAUCAGUGUUACUCACCACGAAAACAGAUAAGUCCCAGAAAACAAACUGGCUAUGAAUGGAUACAAUCCAACGAGGCCAAAGACAGAUAUCAAAGGAAGAAAUUGCUCAGGACUGUUACAAGGCCUAACAACACGAAGAAACUGAAACCAUCCUUGAAAUACGAGAAAAUGGGUGUAGGCGGGGGAGAUGACAAAUUCCAGUCCGUGUCCAACGAAAGUGUCAGUUUGGACGUUCGUUGCAAUUCCACGAGCAGUUUUAAAUAAUUACCUAACUAAGAAACAGUGUUGUUACUUCUUUUUCGUUUUGU